CUACAGUCUACUAAUUUAAUAUUUCUAUUUAAUACAUUUAUUUCUCUUUAGAAUAUCCAAACAUGGUGCGUAGUCCUUAUGAAAUUGAGUCCUCUAGGUUUCAAAUGGUUAUCACUAGCAGAGAUGAAGUUGCAGCCACGCAGAAGCCGGGGUAUGACAGAGCAAGCGAGUUGAAGGCUUUUGAUAGCACAAAAGCCGGUGUUAAAGGACUAGUGGAUGCUGGGGUUACUGAGAUUCCUCGUAUAUUCCAUCACCCACCGGAAAGCUUUGAAAAGGACUCAGUUUCUGAUGACACCCAGGUUAGGACUAUUCCUGUCAUAGACCUCCAAGGCGUCAUCGACAACGAUGUCCCAAAACGCAAGGAGAUUGUUGAAAGAGUUGGAGCUGCAUCAGAGACAUGGGGUUUCUUUCAGGUGGUGAAUCAUGGGAUUCCUGUGAGUGUUCUGGAGGACAUGGAGGCAGGUGUGCGUAGGUUUUAUGAACAAGAUACAGAGAUUAAGAAAGAUUUUUAUACCCGUGACCCCAUGAGACCGGUUGUGUACAACACCAACUUUGAUCUAUAUAGUGCCCCGGCCACCAAUUGGAGGGAUACUUUUAAUUGUCAAAUGGCUCCUAAUCCACCCAAGUCAGAAGAUCUUCCAGCCGCAUGCAGAGACAUACUGGAAGAGUACUCGAGGCAAGUGAUGAAGUUGGGGAUUUUACUGUUUGAGCUACUAUCGGAGGCUCUUGGGCUUAACCCAAACCACCUAAAUGAUAUUGAUUGCACUGAGGGGCUUGCACUUCUAUGCCAUUUCUAUCCGGCUUGCCCACAACCAGAGUUAACAUUGGGCACAAGCAAGCACUCUGAUAGUGGCUUCCUCAGUGUGCUUCUACAAGACCAUAUUGGUGGCUUCCAAAUUUUUCGUCAGGACAAGUGGAUUGACGUCCCCCCCGUGCCAGGGGCUCUUGUGAUCAACAUUGGAGAUCUUCUACAGCUUAUAACAAACGAUAGGUUCAAAAGCGUUGAACACAGAGUAUUGGCGAACCGUGUAGGUCCAAGAGUGUCGGUGGCAAGCUUUUUUUUCACAGGUCUUCGGCCAACCACAAGAAUUUAUGGACCCAUCAAGGAGUUAUUAUCAGAAGACAAUCCUCCAAAGUAUAGGGAAACUACAGUGAGAGAGUACUCUGCAUAUUACAGGGGAAAGGGCCUUGAUGGGACUUCUGCGCUGACGCAUUUCAGGCUUUGAACUCAGAUAUAUAAUAGAGAUGAAUAAGGUAACUCAGUACAAAUAAAUUACUUGAGUUGGAUAUAUCCCAUAUUACUACUUAUUCUUGCUUUCGAGCUAAAUAAUGCGUCACUUUUCUGAAACUUAUCGACCAUAUGGUAAUGAAGCCUGUGUAAAAGAAGAA